AUGUCUCUCGUAAGGCUGGUAAUAUGUGUGUCGGGCGUGUAUGCCAUGUUCCUCCUCUGGGCCAUCGCCCAAGAACGACUGUCCGUGCCGUUUAGGUCGACGGUCCCCCCGCACACGUCCGACAAGUUCCACUUCCCGCUGUUCAUGGGCACGUGCCAGAGCAUCCUCUCGUCGCUCUCCGCGCUGCUCUACCUCCUGAUCCGUCGCCCGCCGACGUCCACCGUCUCCCUCUCCCACAUCCUCGGCCUCUCCCCUCCUCCCCCUCCCCCUCCCACCACCAAAACCCAAACCAACGGCUCAGCCAAACCCUCUCCCCCUCCUCCCCCAAAGUCCCUUCUCCGCAGCUUCCUCCAAAUCUCCCUCCUCUCGACGCUCGCCGCGCCGUUCGGCUUCGCCUCGCUCGCGCACGUCUCCUACCCCUUCCUCGUGCUCGCCAAGUCGUGCAAGCUCGUCCCCGUGAUGCUCAUGAACAUCCUCGUCUACCGCCGCGCGUUCGCGCCGCACAAGUACGCCGUCGUCGCGCUCGUCACCGCCGGCAUCGCGCUGUUCAUGCACUUUGGCGAGGGCCAGCGGUCGUCCCGGACUGGCAGCAAAGGGGAGGGGGACGGGAGGAGCCCGUACUUGGGCCUGCUGUACCUCCUCGUGAACCUCCUCCUGGACGGGCUGACGAACAGCACGCAGGACGAGAUCUUUAGAAUGUACAGGCACCUGACGGGCCAGCAGAUGAUGUUCUGGAUGAACGUCUUCGGCACGGGCGUGUCGACGCUCCUCGCCGUCCUGCCCCUCCCGUACAUCCCCGUCAUCCACCCCUCGCACGGCGCGCACGGCGAGUUCGGCGAGGCGCUCGCGUUCGUGCGCACGCAUGAGGGCGCGGGGCGCGCGUUGUUGGGCUUCGCGGUCACCGGCGCGGUGGGGCAGCUGUUUAUUUUCGAGACGUUGCAGCAUUUCGGGAGCCUCACGCUCGUGACGAUCACGCUGACGCGCAAGCUGUUCACGAUGCUCCUCUCCGUCGUCGUGUACAAUCACACGCUGACCGCGGGCCAGUGGCUCGGCGCCGCCGUCGUCUUUGCGGGUAUAUGUCUAGAGGCCUACGUUAAACGGAGAGACGUGCAUGCGAAGCGGGUGGUGCAGGAGAAGGAGAAGCCGGCGCUGAAAGAGCUGUGAUGUGUUGUAGACUCUAGAGUGGUUUGUGUGAUAUUGUUACUAAUGUUUAGAGGAUGGACUAGACCGGCCUUGGAGGAGGGGUAUUUAUUCAGUUGCUUUCUAUCCACGUUGACGUCCAGAAGCUCGGGUCUGCAACCAGAUAUCAUCUGUUCCCGUGCGUGUAUGUAUUUUAUCGAUGCUGGUGCGAGGUUCGUGCUGCCUGGACGUCCGCGACGGC